UAACACAAUUUACAACUAUAUAUAGCAUAACAUCUCUCACUAUAUAAUCAUCAAAUAUAUUGUUUCAAUAAACUAUUAUAAAUCCGAUUCAACUCUUGUUUUAUAAAUCGUUAAAUUAUUUAUUUGUUUGUUUACAACAAAUCCAUUGAAUAAUUCAGUUAGUGAUCAUCAAAUCAUCUAAACAUGGCUUUGGCUGGAUUUAGGAAACAAUUAAAUAAAGCUAAUCAGUAUAUGAGCGAAAAGAUCGGCGGAGCGGAGGGAACAAAGUUUAAAGAUGACUUCACUCAUAUGGAAAGGAAAACCGAUUUAACCAAUGAAUUGGUCGAAGAUUUGUUAAAUAAAACGAAAGAGUAUUUACAGCCAAAUCCUGCAACUCGAGCUAAGUUAACGGUGAGCUCUAAGAUAAAGGGCUCCAAAACGCACAGUUAUCCACAACCGGAGGGAACUUUAGGAGACUCUAUGUGUAAAUUCGGCAAAGAUUUGGGCGAAGACUCGUCUUUUGCCCAAAGCCUUAAUGAAAUGGGAGAAGCCUUACGAGAAAUGGCGGAAAUAAAGUAUGCACUCGAAGACAAUGUGAAACAAAACUUUUUGGAACCGUUAACACACUUGCAGUCAAAAGACUUGAAGGAUGUGAUGCAUCACAGGAAGAAACUCGAGGGAAGACGACUCGACUACGACUGCAAGAAACGCAGGAAAAUCAAAGGAACGCAUAUAACCGAAGACGAUAUCAAAUUGGCUGAAGACAAGUUCGAAGAGUCAUUCAACUUGGCGUCGAUGGGAAUGCAUAACCUCUUGCAGAACGACGUCGAACAGGUCUCACAAAUCGCCGCUCUGUCGGAAGCGCUCUACGAAUAUCACACUCAAUGCGCGAACAUCUUAGAGAGUCUCACUUCAAGACUUAUGGAACAGAAGAACGAAUCGGCGAAUAAGAGUCCCGAACCUUAUGUACCGAAGAAAUUACAUGAAUUGAAUCUAAACGUAGGACACGACGACACAUCUCCAGGAACUGAUCAUUUCAAUGGUUAUAAUGCAGAUUUCAAUCAAUUUGAUGGACAGUUCUAUAACCCUAUUAGCACUACCGCUCAUUUACUCAACGGUAAAACCAUAGCCAACAAUCAUCAACAAUACCGUAACAAUAAAUCUCCGGGCUCAGAAACGCCACAAAAGCCGUCUAAUCUGUUUUUAGACACCACUAACGCUAACUCUACGAUGCGCUCUCCCAAUGCAUCACCUCUUCCUUCUCCCGUUCGAUCUCCAGCCCGAUCUCCAGAGCAGCGCAACCCGUGCUGUCAGGCGUUGUAUGACUUCGAGCCGGAAAACGCAAACGAAUUGCCUUUCAGAGAGGGAGAUAUGAUUCAAUUGAAGACUCAAAUCGACGACAAUUGGUAUGAAGGCGUUCUCAACGGCAAGAGUGGAUUGUUUCCUAUCAGUUAUGUUCAAGUGGUGGUACCGUUAGGCCAUUGAGUCAACUAUAUUAUAUGCCUAACAAUUAAAUGCUAGCCUUCGAUGUGUUCAAUCGGUCUAUUGGUCUCCCUUUUUGGGUAAUUUAUAA